UUACUGCCCUUUUUCUCCGUCCAUUGUCAGAAGCAACGUUCCUACUCUGUCUCGCCCUCCGCUUGCUCCCUCUCUUUCUCUGUAACGGCGUCUUCGGAGGUCUGAGUGGAAGUGCUGAGGUCUAAGGAGCGGAAUCUCGAGGAAUCGCGAGACAGAAGGUUAUUCUUGCAUACAAAUGGAUGUAACCAAUUCUCAAGAUCUCUUCUCAGGUCAGACCACCUGUGGAACUUUGUUGCAGCAACUGCAGGUCAUAUGGGAUGAGGUUGGUGAGAGUGAUGAGGAGCGUGAUAAGAUGUUACUUCAGCUCGAGCAAGAAUGCUUGGAUGUUUAUAUGAGAAAAGUUGAUCAGGCUUCCAAGUCGAGGGCUCUGCUUCUCAAGUCAUUGGCUGAUUCCAGAGCUGAACUUGCUAGACUUCUUUCUGCUCUUGGGGAAAAGACUUAUGCUGGUCUACCUGACAAGUCAUCUGGUACAAUCAAAGAACAAUUAGCAGCCAUUGCACCAACAUUACAACAGUUAUGCAAACAAAAGGAGGAUAGGCUUAAAGAGUUUACUGAUGUUCAGUUGCAAAUUCAAAAGAUUCAUGGGGAGAUUGCUGGAAGCUUAGCAAAUGGUGAGAAGUUGGGAAUGCCGGUGGUUGAUGAAAAUGAUUUAUCUCUAAAGAAAUUAGAUGAGUUCCAUGUUCAAUUGCAGGAUCUUCAAAGAGAAAAGAGUGAAAGGUUGCAUAAAGUCCUUGAUUUUGUGAGCACAGUUCAUGAUCUUUGUGCCGUCUUGGGGAUGGAAUUUUUGGGAACAAUUACUGAAAUCCAUCCCAGUCUGAAUGAGUCCAUUGGUGUUCAGUCAAAGAGCAUAAGUAAUGACACAUUAUACAAGCUUCUCAAGAUGGUUGAGGCCCUUAAAGAGGAUAAGAGAGUGAGGCUGCAAAAGCUUCAAUUGUUGGCUGCACAACUCACUGAUCUUUGGAAUCUGAUGGAUACUUCCCCUGAGGAGCGCAUCUUAUUUAGGCACAUAACCUUGAAUAUUUCUGCUACUAUCGAUGAGGUCAUUGUUCCUGGAGCCCUUGCAGUUGAUAUAAUUGAGCAGGCUGAGGAGGAAGUUGAGAGGCUAGAUCAACUGAAGGCUACCAGAAUGAAAGAAAUAGCAAUGAAGAAACAGGCUGAACUCGAAGAUAUAUAUGCCCAUGCUCACAUGGAGGUUGAUUCAGCAGCUGCAGAAAGGAAAAUUGUGGCUUUAAUUGAAUCCGGGAAUGUUGAGCCUUCAGAACUAUUUAGUGAAAUGGAUAAUAAGAUUUUAAAAGCCAAGGAGGAGGCCUUAAGUAGAAAGGAAAUAUUGGAAAAGGUUGAGAAAUGGAUGUCAGCUUGCGAAGAAGAGAGCUGGUUGGAUGAUUACAACAGGGAUGAAAACAGAUAUAACUCCAGCAGAGGGGCACACUUAAAUCUCAAGAGAGCUGAAAAAGCUCGCCUUCUGGUUAACAAAAUUCCAGGUCUUGUUGACGCUCUAGUGUCUAAGACUCGAGCAUGGGAGGAGGCUCAUGGCUUGUCUUUUACAUAUGAUGGUGUUUCUCUUCUUGCUAUGCUUGAUGAGUACACCAUGCUUAGGCAUGACAGAGAGGAAGAAAAGCGUCGAAUGAGGGAUCAGAAACGCUUCCAUGAACAGCUAACCACAGAACAAGAAGCCUUAUUUGGGUCAAAGCCAAGCCCAGCACGGACAUCAAGCGCUAAAAAGGCAGUCGGUCCUCGUGCUAAUGGAGGUGCAUCGAACCAUACACUUAGUCGCAGAUUGUCUAUGAACAGUCAUCAUGGAAGCAACAAUGGUGUCAGAUCAGCGAGCAGGGAUGGUAAGAAAGACAGCCGGUUUUCAGCUCCGGCAAACUACGUUGCACUCGCUAAAGAAGAUGCUCCUACCUUGGUCUCAGGAAAUGAUCUAGUACUUGCUUCCCCAUGAAAAAUAUUUUAAGUUGUGUUGCUUCUUCUUCCUCUUCUUCUAUAUCUGGUUGAUAGGCACUGUAGGAUAGGGAUGCUUGUUGAAAUUCUUUGGACUCUAGGAACAUAACUUCCAAUUCAUGUGAAGACAUGCUCUGUAUUUCUUGUAGUUUGCUGUAGUGUGUAGUCGUGUAGAUAGUCUUGUGCUCUAGCAAUCUGUUCUGCUAAUCUGAACAUUGACCCAAUCAUUUUAUUGUUUUUUGACCACUUAA